AUGGCGGUGGAGCCCUUCAACAUUGUUGUCCGGAAUACCUUCAUUGAUGCUGUGCAAGAGCCGGAGGGCAGAGUUCUGGAUGACAGCCCCUUGAAUCGGACGCAUUCUGAUCCAACUGGAGGCUACUCCAAACAGGUCUUGAACUUGGACAGGAUAGUGCCGCGAGCAGGAAUAGCCGAGGAGGAAGAGGUUCACGACCUCCCAGAGCCAGCUUUCCACUGUCGGAUGAAACUAGAGGAGGAGGAGGAGACGCCCCUGGCUCGGACGAGGAGCAUGGGUCAGCCGCAGCCGUCGGCAUCUGUCCUGGCAGGGAUCGGCCGCACCCUCUCGGCGGCCUCUGCAGGCGAAUCGCUGCAACGACUCCUGACUGGUGGUGGCGAGGAUGAAAGCUUUGCGGCUGCCAUGGAAACGGUGCCUCCUUGGGUUUCGAACAUGGGUGUUCCUCAGCCGCCGUGGAUGUAUCCGCCGGGUCCACAGGCUCCGGCAUCUGCAUCAAUGAUGCCGCCAAGGUGGAGUAUUGAUAACCUGACGGUUCAGACGGCGGUUAAGACUGCAGCCGCGCAGAGUGCUGCCCAGGCGGCAGCGGCCCGACUUUCAGCGGCUCAGGUUCAGGUGGCGCUGGAACUUUCCAAGGCGAAAGCAGAGGCCGCACAAGCCAAGACAUUGGCUCAGGCUUCAGCUGAGGCUCUAGCCAAGGCCCAAGCCGCCCAGCCCUGCGGCUCUUGCGGGGGGAUGCCUUGCAUGUAUCCCUCCUUGGCCUCGGCGUCCUCCGCAGCGUCUCCAUUCAGACAGGAGCUGCAUCGGGCCAGCCAGGCAGUGCAAAGGGAUGGCCUCCUCUGUUUGCGAUCUUCGAAGGAUGUGGGGCUGCCGACGCAUUUUUCUGCGAAUCAGUUGUGUAUAGGGCCACCUGUGGGCCGCCGACACAGCUUUCAUCAGGAGACCAAAGGUAUGGGCAUAGUGCAGCCGGAUUUCCGCCAGUUCACAAAGGCCGGAGUGUUGCCUGGAGGCUCGGGCUUCCUGAGGGCACUUGCGGUUUCUUCGCUUUGCGAAAUCGAGUUCACCUCCGGCGAGCUGAGCCGAGCCGAUGGCGUUGGCUUUGUCUUCUCCCAACGUCUGCCCUGCGUCCUGGCCGCAAAGAAAAUCAGCGCGAAAGGCAGCGUCUUCGCCAGUCUCUCGGAUGAGCCCCUAGGACGCAUUUGCAUGCGAGCUUUUGCGGAGCUCGAAAGGUUGGCGUCAGCCCUUGUGCUUGCGACACGAUUGGUGCGUCGGCAGGUCUGCUGCUUCAACAUCUGGGAAUGUACAGAUUCUGGCUGGCCAGAUUUGACCGGGAAGCCAGCUUCCAGCGCGGAACUGAACUUCGGUGCCAGGAUGAGCAGCCUCAGUCAGGGUGCAGGCAACUCGUCGGAUCGCGAUGAGCCCGAUGCAGAUGCCGCCGUGCGUGUGCGUGUGACGCAGGGGCUCCAGAAAGGGCGUCGUGUCAUGCCUCUUGGGCGCGAUGCUGAAGCCAAAAGCGUGUCCACGAAGCCUGGCUACCAGCGCAGGAAGACUCUCCCUGCGGUCGUCUCUUCGAAAUCCGAGGCACUGGCAAAGACGCUGGCAACUCAGAGGAGAAUGACCAUUUCGGCUGCCGCUGCCCGGAAUUGGGGCAGGCAUGCUGCGGUGAAGUGCGCCGUCAGCGGCACGCACAAGCCUGCCGGGCUGAAAUCAGUUGGCGCAUGGAUAGUGACAGGGCCUUGUCUUGCCUUUGCCUAUGCAUUGGUUGCAGCGACGAGUCAGGGUGAUGACUGGUCAGAGGAUACGCUGGGUGAGUUUGAGCGGGAAUUCCGCCGCGCGAUCAUUACAAAGGCCUCAGGCUCCUUUGAAGGCCCCCAGGUUUCACAGACGCGCUUGCAGCCAUGGGGUGCGGCGCUUCCGCGGGAGGUGGCAAGGACUCUGGCAACGGUAGUGGGAAGAAGUCUACAACAGGUGGAGCUGAAUCUUGUGAGCUGCACCUUCUUGCUAUGGACGUCUGCUUGCGCCAGAGAGACUCACGACUGCCGUGACUGUCAGGGCAAGAUCACCCAGUUUUACGACAUUGACAAGAAGAAAAUCGGCGAGGGCUCAUAUGGCUCUGUUUGCAAAGCACGAAACAAGGCCACGAAAGCCAUGCGUGCGAUCAAGACAAUUAACAAAGCAGCCCUGAAGAGUCCUGAAGCAUUCCGAAAGGAGAUUCAGAUCAUGAAGAUCCUGGACCACCCCAACAUUUGCAAGCUCUAUGAAUCGUUCCAAGAUCAUCGCAACAUCUACCUGGUGCUUGAGCUUUGCACUGGUGGUGAGCUCUUCGAUCGAAUCAUCGAGUAUGGCCAUCUGACCGAAAAGCAGGCUGCAUUGCUGAUGCAGAACAUGUUCAGGGCCAUCUACUACAUGCACCAGUCCCACUACACCCACCGAGAUCUCAAGCCCGAAAACUUCAUCUUCACAACCAAGGAAGCCAUCGAAAAAAGCACGUUGAAGUUGAUCGACUUCGGACUGGCUCGGGAGUUCACAGCCGAGCAGGUUCUGAAUACAAAGGCUGGCACGCCGUACUACGUGGCGCCACAGGUCUUGGCAGGAAAGUAUGACCACAUGGCCGACAUGUGGAGCUUGGGUGUUAUUAUGUACGUUAUGCUGUGUGGCUACCCGCCCUUUUAUGGAGAUUCGGACCAGGAAGUUCUUGACGAGGUGCGUCAGGGAAAAGUCAAGUUCCAGCCCGCUGACUGGAAAAACGUGUCUGAUGACGCGAAGGCAUUGAUCAAGAAUCUCCUGCAGAUGAAUCCAAAGGAGCGAUAUACUGCAGAGCAAGCAUUGAAUGAUGUUUGGAUCAAAGAGAAGGCCCCAAAAGCCAAGGAUGUUAACCUGCAGGAUGGGUUUGUCGACAAACUUCGAGGCUUCCUUUCGCAGAAUAAGCUGAAGAAAGCUGCCUUGCAAGUCAUCGCGAGUAGUCUCGAUGACAAGCAGAUCCAGGCCCUCAAAGAAACCUUCAUGUCCUUGGACGAGAAUGGGGAUGGUCUGUUAACUGCAGCCGAGCUCAAAGCAGGCUUGGAGAAGGGCGGUGUGAUGGAUAUAGCGGCGGAUUUGCAGGAAAUCAUGAAAAGCAUCGAUGCUGAUGGAAGCGGCGUUAUCGAUUACACGGAAUUUCUUGCUGCCACACUGGACAGGAAGCAUUACAUGGAGGAAGACGCGUGCUGGCAAGCCUUCCGUGUUUUCGAUCGCGAUGGUAAUGGAACAAUCAGCCAAAAAGAGCUUGCGGAAGUGCUGGCAAGCGACGACGUGCAGGGCAAGUUUCACAAGGCACCAGCACAGCUGAACGAGAAUGUGCUGCACACUGUGCUGUCCGGCUGCGAACUCAUCUUGCGACUCGGAACCAAGGAGUUGUUAAAGCAGGUCGACACGAAUGGGGAUGGAGAAAUCGAUUUCCAGGAGUUCAUGGAAAUGAUGAGGACGAUGCGCACAACAGGGGUGCCACCCUGGCGUAACGCUGCGCAGGUGAGGCCGCAUUUGUUGCCUGUGGUUCCUGCCAGCGGAGCUUUGCCGAGGUCUCCCGUGCUCUCGCAGCGGCUGGGACCAGUUGAAGAAACUGCCAUGCUCUCCAACGUGCUGAGCACACUGCUUCCAGUGCCAUCGAAGCACUCCAGGCUGCCACGGGCGCACGAACAGGAUGCCACGUCCGUGCCGAUCUCGCCCGGCAGCCCGUUCAGCAGCGGCUCGAAUGUGGUGUCGGAGGACGAGGAUCGCGAGCGCAGUGAGGUGCUUGCCUUUUGCAGUUCUCUUGUAAGACGAUUUGGCAACACGACCAGGGCGUUUCGUGCGAUGAAGCGGGCAGUGCGAGCUGCCCACGGCGGAUGUCCUCGGAAGGCGUCGAGCAGUCAAGAACUCGAGCCUCUGAGCAAGUCGGAGUUCGAAUGGUGUGUGACAUCCCUGAUGCGGCACGGCAAUCGACGCUUGGCCUCGCGCCUGUUCGCAGCAUUGGAGACCGGAAACGGAAGCAUUCCGGUCUCCAGCUUCAGUCGAAACAUGGACUGGGUUGAGGAUCUGCUGUCGCUCUUCCAAGUUCGCCAGAACUUGCUCGAUCGCUUCGGCUCUUUUGCGGAGAUAGAGGAAGCUCUUCGCUGGGCGACAUGUCCAGCCAUGAACGUUGAGACCUUGCAGAGUUGUUCUAAUUCGCUGCAGAUGCCUCCGGCUGGUAGCGUCUCUAGACGAGAAUUUGUGUCAGCAGUGAGCACGCUGGGGGUCACUGCCAGCCAGGCGGUGCACCUCUUUUUCCUGCUGGACCACGUCGGUAAGGGUUCUAUCGAGCUGUCGCAAUUUAUACACGCCCUCGAAGAGAUUCCAUCGGAGCUUACUUGGCGAGACCUUCGUCAACGGCUCUUGCUCAGGAAUGGCUCGAUGGCCGAGGCGCUUCGUUCGGUGACCAACCCCGACUUGUCUGAGUCCGAGCUCGGACGCUACGUGGCGAAUUGCGAGAUUCCCGACUUCCAACUUGGAGAGGGCAGCUCCUUGAAGGGUUUCCUGCGUGUGGCCGCGCCGGCCAUCAGCCUCCAGGACUUCUGGCAGCGCGUGGCCUCCGAGUGGCCCCAGGUGUUGGAGGCCUCCACGGCCGCCGCCGCGGCCGCGACCGCGACCUCCGCGACCGCGGGGCGAAGGCGCGGGAAGGACAAAUUCAAUGCCGAGGACCAGAAGGACGCGACAGCCGAAGCCGCGCCCACGCCGCUGCAGGCGUUGCAGCAUCUGGAAGCGCUACUCGCGGAGCUAUUGCCAGAGUUCCAAGCUUUUCCGGUUCCCCAUGCUUCGACCUUGGACAGCCAAGCUUUGGUCCUGCCUUCUCUGUCCUUCGAGAUGUUCGAUUGCCUGACUGAGCAUGUUGAUGUCUCGCAGGAAAACGCCCUAGAGCUUUUCCGCUGCAUUGCAUCGAGUGCUGCAGCUUUAGACAGAAAGACGGGCGAAGCACUCGAGCUGGGCCAGCUGGCUGCGACUUCCAUUUUCGUGGAAGACUUCGCCGAGCAGCUUACGAUGUGGUCGGCUUUUGAGCCGAAAGGUUCCAAAAGGGUCAGGGCGGCAGAAAGGGUGCGUCAGGUGGUGGCUCCUGUGAGAGCCGCUAUUUCUGCCUUGAAGGAAGAGCUCACAACCGCCGUCCCUGCUCACAGUGAAGAGACCUCGGAGCCAUCCUUCCUGGAACCACCGCGCUCCAAGGCGCGGAGGCGCUCACAGCUGCCCUGGUGCGCGUAUUACCGCUGUCGCCCUGCCGGCCCUGCCUAG